AUGAUUAUGGAUUUUCUGAGCGAGAAGUUUGCCCUGAAGACCCAGCCGAGCAAGAACAGUGACUUUUACAUAGGAGCAGGAGGCACUUUGGAGCAUGUUAUGGAAACUUUGGACAAUGAGUCCUUUUAUAGCAAAACAUCAGGCAGCAAAUGCGUGCAGGCCUUCAACCCUGUGCAAAGGGCUGAGCAUCAUGUGAGGCUGGAGAGGACAUCACCCUGCCAGGACAACAACGUGAACUAUGGGAUUACUAAAGUGGAAGGACAGCCUCUUCACACAGAGCUGAGCAGGCCCAUGGACAAUUGCAACAAUCUGAGGAUGUCUCCAGUGAAAGGGAUGCAGGAGAAGGGGGAACUGGAUGAACUUGGUGAUAAGUGUGACAGCAAUGUCUCCAGCAGUAAGAAGAGGAGACACAGAACAACUUUCACCAGUUUGCAGCUGGAGGAACUGGAGAAAGUAUUCCAGAAAACUCACUACCCUGAUGUCUAUGUAAGAGAACAGCUAGCUCUCAGAACAGAGCUCACUGAGGCCAGAGUCCAGGUUUGGUUCCAGAAUCGAAGAGCAAAAUGGAGGAAAAGAGAACGCUAUGGUCAGAUCCAGCAAGCUAAGAGCCAUUUUGCUGCCACCUAUGAUAUAUCUGUUCUUCCAAGGACUGACAGCUACCCUCAGAUUCAGAACAAUCUGUGGGCAGGGAAUGCGGCUAACAGUUCUGUGGUUACUUCCUGCAUGCUACCACGAGAUACGUCCUCCUGUAUGACACCUUAUUCCCAUUCACCUCGGACAGAUUCUGGCUACACGGGCUUUUCAAACCACCAGAAUCAGUUCAGCCACGUGCCUCUCAAUAAUUUUUUCACUGACUCUUUACUUUCUGGGGCAACCAAUGGACAUGCUUUUGAAACAAAGCCGGAGUUUGAAAGGAGGUCCUCCAGCAUUGCAGUUCUACGAAUGAAAGCCAAAGAGCAUGCUGCCAAUAUUUCCUGGGCCAUGUAA